AUGAGUUUAAAUGCUAAGAGAACGCACUCUGAGCUUAGUGACUCUGAGUGCAAUGGCCGCACUAAACUACAAGCCGCCAACGGAGGGCACUUCGAUUCCUCUGAUGAGGAAGUUUCGUUUGUAGAGGAAGAAAUCGUUGAGGAGCCAAUCAACAAUGCCCAGUGGCAAACCACCAUAUCCAAGGUUGUGAGCUCUGUGGUGUCCAUACAUUUUUCGCAGGUGGCUCCGUUCGACUGCGACUCGGCCUUGGUUUCCGAAGCUACUGGGUUUGUUGUGGACUCUGAACUAGGCAUAAUUCUCACCAACAGGCAUGUUGUUGGUGCUGGUCCAUUUGUCGGUUAUGCCGUCUUUGACAACCACGAAGAAUGUGACGUCAUUCCCAUUUACAGAGACCCAGUUCAUGACUUCGGCUUUUUGAAGUUUGACCCAAAAAAUAUCAAAUAUAUGCAAGUUUGCGCACUUGAGCUUAAGCCCUCGCUCGCGAAAGUCGGAUCUGAGAUCAGGGUCAUUGGUAAUGACGCAGGCGAAAAGCUUAGUAUUUUGGCAGGAUUUAUCAGCAGAAUUGACAGGAACGCCCCAGAUUAUGGUGAACUAACAUACAAUGACUUCAACACAGAAUACAUCCAGGCCGCGGCAUCAGCUUCAGGAGGGUCGUCUGGUUCACCGGUCGUUAACAUUGAUGGACAUGCGGUUGCCCUUCAAGCCGGUGGUUCGACAGAAGCUUCAACAGACUUUUUUUUACCUGUAAACAGAAUCCUGAGGGCACUUAACUGCAUCAGAGCCAAAAAAGCCGUUACCAGAGGCACUAUUCAGACUCAGUGGAUUUUAAGGCCCUAUGAUGAAUGUCGAAGACUAGGACUAACACCGGAUCGUGAAGCGGAUGCGCGCAAACAGUUCCCAGAUCGCAUCGGCUUGCUAGUGGCUGAAACAGUGCUACGAGAAGGUCCGGGUGACAAUAAGAUCAAAGAAGGAGAUACGCUUAUUUCCAUCAAUGGUGAGUUGAUAGCUUCUUUCAUACAAGUUGACGAUAUAUUGGAUAGAAGUGUAGGGCAAACGAUUGAGCUGCUGAUCCAACGUGGGGGCAAAGACAUUAAGGUGAGUUGCGAAGUUGGUGACCUACACGCCAUAACGCCAUCUUCCUAUUUAGAGGUUUGCGGUGCCACUUUCAAUGAACUUUCUUACCAGAUGGCCAGGUUUUAUGCCAUCCCUGUUCGUGGUGUGUUCUUGAGUAGCGCGUCAGGCUCUUUCAAUUUCGACUCAAAGGAGAAAGUUGGCUGGAUCGUUGACGCUAUUGACAACCAAGAAACUCCAACGUUAGAAACUUUUAUUGAAGUAAUGAAGAAAGUGCCCGACCGGAAGCGUGUAACGGUGAGGUAUCACCAUUUAACGGACCAACACUCUCCCCAUGUUGCCAGUGUUUACAUCGACCGCCAUUGGUGUAGUGAAUUCAGAAUUUAUGAAAGAAAUGACACGACGGGUAUUUGGGACUACAAAAACGUUGCCGACCCUUUGCCUCCUCUUCCCGAAGUUUCUCACGAGGCCAAAUUCAUUGACCUUUCGAUAGACAAUAAACAAUUAGCCAAGCUCUCCAGAAGUCUUGUGAUGGUUAGUUCGAUUUCCCCUAUACCUCUUGAUUCACUCUCAGCAGAGCCUCGAAAAGCAUCAGGACUUGUUGUCGAUGCUAACCAAGGAUAUGUUGUUGUCUCGCGCCGUGUUAUACCUCACGACUGCCUGGACGUGUUCGUCACAAUUGCAGACUCGGUGAUCCUUCCUGCUGAGGUAACAUUCCUACAUCCUACUCAGAACUACGCUGUUGUAAAGUAUGACCCUGCUUUAGUUUUAGCUCCUGUUGAAACUCCAAAGCUGUCUUUUGCCAGAAUGAAGAGGGGCGACAAGGCUCACUUUAUUGGAUACACCCAUAACAACAGGCUUGUGUCCUCUGAUACAAAGGUGACGGACAUUUCUUCUUUGAGUGUGCCAAGCAACUUAAUCCCUAGGUACAGAGCCACGAAUUUAGAAGCCAUUGGUAUCGACUGCAACGUAAGCUCGAGAUGCAACUCUGGAAUUUUAGCAGAUGAUGAUGGGACGGUAAGGGCGUUAUGGUUAUCAUUCCUUGGUGAGAUUCAGGACGGGAAAGAAAAGGUAUACUUGAUGGGCCUGGAUAUGGCGGAUUUGAAGUCUGUAAUCGAUUUACUGAAAGAGGGCAAGAAACCUAGAAUCAAUAUCGUCGAUGCAGGGUUCGGCUCAAUUUCUGUUGCACAAGCCAGAAUCCGCGGAGUCCCUGAAGAGUGGAUUUCUAAAAUGGAGCAAGAGUCUGAAAACAGACUUCAGUUCAUGAAUGUUACAAGAGUGUCCUUCACUAACGAGAAAGACAAGUUGUAUCCUGGCGACGUAAUUUUGUGUGUUGGAGGAAAACUUGUUAAAGAAAUGAGGGACCUGGAUGGAAUCGUAACCUCGGGUGAAGGAGCUAACGAAGAGCAAGUGCUUGAGUUUAAGCUCGUGAGAAAUGGGAAGAUCGUGGAUCUCUCCGUGAAAACUCGUGAAAUCAAUGAGACGUCGCACUUCGCAAUUUUUGCUGGCUGCAUUUUGCAGGCACCACAUCACGCGGUCUUGCAAGCUAUGAUGGAUAUUCCUAGCAGUGUUUAUUGCACUUUCAGAGGACAAUCAUCACCUGCAACACAGUACGGCAUAGCAGCCACUAAUUUUAUCACCCACAUCAACGAAAUUGAGACGCCUGACCUCGACACUUUUGUGAAGGUUGUGAAAACCAUUCCAGACAACACAUACUGCAAAAUUCGACUGGUAACGUUUGACAACGUCCCGUUUGCAAUUUCUCUGAAAACCAACUAUCACUACUUCCCUACUGCUGAGCUGAAGAAAGAUCCAUCUUCCGGCAAAUGGAUUGAAAACGAACUCAACAAGACAGAUGCGCGUUCGGAUUAA